UUUCACUUGUGGGACAUGAGCUGUGAGAUUCGUGAUUUGCGAUUCAAGUACAAACAGAAAAAGUUCCCGUUUCUACGCGGUCACGGCCUAGCCUUUGCACUGGCGAAGGAUGUUAGUCUGCAUCUUUCCUUCGUUGUUAAGUGGGUCAAAGAGGAAGAGCAGCCUAACGGAGGUGAUGCAAACAGAAAUACAAGAGCGGCAUCUUCCUCAUCUUCGGCUUCGAUGGGAGAUUUGCUGGAGGGCAGCGACCAUGAACAGAUAAGCGGUGCCGCUGAAAAAAGAGCUUCUGACGACUCUGAUAGCUCCCGUCCUAGCAUAUCAAACAGUGAGAUGAGCAGCAACGUCUCGUCAGACGAUGACGAUGAUGCUGGGUCACUUGUUUCAGGAGAAGAGCCUACUUCUGGGAGGAACCCAAGAACUUCUACGACGAGUGCUGAUGAUGUGACACAACAUCAUACGGGUCAGCAGCGGGCAGGACCGGCUGCAGCGGGUGGUUGGUAUCCUGUGCUGGAGAUGGAUCGAAACGAGAUGCGGAUCGGAGAGUUGCAUAUUCAUGUAGAGGAAACGCGUUUUGCAUGGUUG